AUGUUCUUCGGCUCAAUUAUUUAUUUUGCAGGUGGACUGCUACUAGCAGUCUACGCGCAAUCGACACCAUGUGCCUGCUCAAAUUCCACGAUCUUGAUAAACUCUCUAGAAACACUAGAGGCUGCUCAGGCUUGUACCACGGCAGCAGGUGACAUAGUGAUUGAGUAUGGCGAGGAUUUGCCUCCCGAGAUCGAAUUCCCGGUGCUCGAGACAGUGGAGGGAUCUGUUCUCUCCCUAAAUUUCGACGAGAACAUUCCUGCCUGGCGAUUCUCAGCUCCAAGGCUCAAUAGGGUCAAGGAUUUCUAUCUCUCACACUGGGUCAAUUUGACCACCAUUGACAUGCCUUUGUUCGACCACGCGGAUAGAAUCAGAUUGAACGACCUUCCACAACUCACGACGGCACAUUUCUUGUCUACUGUCUCGAGGAUCGACUUCAACUACGAGAUAUGGAACACUUCCCUCACAAAUAUCACCAACAACCGAUUGCUAUAUGCAACCUUUGUGGAAAUCUUCGACAAUCCAAAGUUGGAGACCGUAGAGCUCCUGGCUCUGCGGAAUGCAUCUUACAACAUCGCGCUGAGGAGAAACCGGCCUGGCCUAGAUGUGCGGUUGAGAGAUCUCAAGGAAGUGUGGCACUUGGAACUGCAACAAAUUGCCUCGCUCACUGUUCCAGUCUUGGAAAACGUCAUUGGUUAUUUUAUCGUCAACGCGAGCAGCUUGAACACGCUGAGUGCGCCAAACUUACAAACUAUUGGCACUUGGUAUGAUCCACACAUCGUCGUCACCGAUAAUCGCGGCCUAAUCGUCACGAACAAUCAAGUCCUGGACACCCUCAGCUUCCCGCAAUUGAAAAACGUGACGUUAGACCUCGUCAUUCGGAAUGAUACCUCCCUCAGGAAUGUUCAUUUUCCAGAGCUGCACAGUGUGGCCGGUAAUGUUGCUUUGGAAGGGCAAUUCACCGAAAUCACUUUCCCCGAUCUCAACAGAGUAGGUGGAGAGUUCAGCAUUGGCGUGGGUCAGUCAUCGGCAUUCUGUCGCCCGUUCCAGGACUUGAAAGAAAACGGUAGUAUACGAGGAGACUUUUCUUGUCCAGAAUUCUCAGAGCCAACUCCGAGAUCGCAACUCGAUCUCGACAACAUGCAGGAGUAUAUUGAUGAAUACCUUGAGUGGGUCAUUACUGGCCAAACUAACGCCGGAGCAAUUGUGACUGUUCCGGCGUUCAAGGGCGUCUUGAUGGUUGUUGCUUGCCUGGGUGCUCUCUUUCAUGCCAUGUAG